AGAGUUCAAUACAUUUUACGUUCAAUUUCUCUAAAUAUCUCUUUAGUUAGCAAAUAUUGCAAGAUGGCUAAGUCACUUGCCCUCUUUCUUGUAUUCAAUAUCCUUUUCUUCACUGUGGUCAGUGCAUGCAACACUUGCCCUAGCCCUAAACCAACACCAAAACCAACACCAAACCCUUCUCCUUCUGAAGGAAAAUGUCCAACUGAUGCCUUAAAAUUAGGUGUUUGUGCCAAUGUGCUUAACGGUUUACUAAAUGUUACACUUGGAACUCCACCUGUAAAACCAUGCUGCAGUCUUAUUGGAAAUCUUGUGGAUUUAGAAGCUGCUGUUUGCCUUUGCACUGCCCUUAAGGCUAACAUUUUGGGAAUUAACCUUAAUAUCCCUAUUUCCCUUAGCUUACUUCUUAAUGUUUGCAGUAAGGACAUUCCAAAGGGCUUCACUUGUCCCUAAAUGCUCUUUUCAACUUUUUCUUUAAAUUGUUUUCUGAGUAUGCUUCUGGAUUUCAUUUGUUUGGCAAUUUAAAAUAUUCAAUUUGUUUCCUGUUACUCAUGGGGUUAGGUUUAUGUUUUAUUUUGGAUUGUUCAUUGUUGGAGAGCACCGCUUGCGCUAUUUGUAUCAUUGUUCAUUUGUUUGUAUGUCCUGUUGAAUUAAAUGUUAUACUAUACGUAUUUCUUUGUAUGAA